AUGGCUCCCUCGGUUCUUCUACCUUACAUUUACGGAUUAGAUUUGUCGAAAAAUGAAUUUGGAGAUGCACAGCAAUUUCCAAUCCCGAUACAAGAAAUGUGUAAUCUGCGCUGGUUAGAAUUAAAUCGAACAAAUAUCAAUCGUCUACCAGAAUUCAUUGGACAUCUUCAAUCUCUCGAAACAUUGAGUUUAGCCCAUAAUGAUCUACCAGAAGUGCCUCUAUGUUUGAACGAUUUAACAUCAUUACGUUCAUUAACAUUAAGAGACAAUCAUGUGUCAAACCCACAAAUUUCGGCAAGAUUAUUUGAUAUACCUGACCUAUCAAUAUUGGAUUUAAGUCGAAACAAUCUUCAUGCAUUUCCAAAAGAUAUUGAAAAUGCAAAGGGUCUGAUUGUUCUUAAUCUUUCAUCCAAUCACAUCGAACAAAUUCCCAAUCAUGUGUUCGUUUCACUUUUUGAAUUAGUACAUCUAAACUUAAGUGACAAUAAAAUCGACACAUUGCCAGCACAAAUGCGUCGAUUAACAUCGUUACAAGUCUUAAUAUUAAACAAUAAUCCACUCGUGCACGCACAACUUAGACAAUUGUCAUCCAUGCAUUCACUUGAAACUCUUCAUUUGAGUAAUACCAAACGAACGUUAAACAAUGUUCCAGCUAUACUUGAACAGUUACCUAAUCUCUCUGAUCUUGAUCUAUCAGCAAAUGAUCUUCCGGCUGUCCCGGAUGUUGUAUAUAAAUUGAAAGCAUUGAAACGAUUGAAUUUGAAUGAUAAUCAAAUCACAGAAUUAACUGCUCAAUCAGAUGGAUGGCCUCAACUUGAAAUCUUACAAAUAUGCCGAAAUAAUUUGAAGAGUCUUCCACAACAAUUGAUGCGUUGCACAAAAUUACGACGUCUUUAUUUGAAUAGUAAUCAAAUCAAUCUACAUGGUUUGCCGCGAGGAAUCUUCAAUCUCGAACAACUAGAAGUAUUCAGCGCCGCAGAUAAUAAUUUAGAAACAAUUCCUGAUGCAUUAUGUCGAUUGGGAAGUUUGAAAGUCUUAAACUUGAAUAAGAAUAGAUUAUUAACAUUACCGGAAGCGAUUCAUUUCCUACAAUUAAAAGAACUUGAUGUUGGUGAGAAUCCGGAUUUUGUUAUGCCGCCUAAACCAAAAGAAUGUCAAAAAGGUUCUGGUCCGGCGUUUUACAACAUUGAUUUUUCUCUUGCAAAUCAAUUAAAAUUAGCUGGACAAGUUGCUCCUGAACAGUCACCUGCUAGUACGGAUAUUCAACAAAAGCGUGCAGCACGUAUUCGCCGUUUAAAUAAACCCGAACAGCGAAAUCCAGCGGGCAGCGGUGGUUCAUCCGAAACUGUUCUACGUGGUAUGCGAGAGACAGCAAAACGUAAACAUGCACUAGAUUCAGGUUUGGGCAAUAAUGGUCAUUAUAAUGAUGAUGAAGAAAUAGCUGGACGCCGCUGGGAUGAACAAAUUGAACGACCACAAUUGAACUAUAGUGAAUUUGUUGAUGACACUGCCGGCCAAUGCGCUGGUAUAACCUGUUGGGAAAUCGAAAACUUUCUUCCCAAACAAUUAGAACGUCAAUUAAAUGGAACAUUUUAUACAGGAGAUUGCUACAUUGUCUUGUACGCUAUGGUAGAAUUAUCAGGUAAUAUGGAUUGGCAAAUCUUCUUUUGGAUUGGAAAAGAUGCAACGUUGGACAAACAAGCAUGCGCAGCAAUGCAUGCUGUGAAUUUACGUAAUAUGCUUGGUGCGUCUUGUCGUACACAACGCGAAGAACAAGCCGAUGAAUCUGAAGAAUUCUUAGCAUUAUUUAACAAUCAUCUACGAGUAAUUGAUGGUGCUAGAACAGAAACAGGAUUUUGGGUUGUACGAGAUGUUGAACAUCCAAUACGUUUUUAUCGUGCCAGUGGCACUCAAAAACUUCAUGUUGAACUUGUCCCUGCAAGUGCAACAUCUCUUGAUCCUCGCUACGUGUUCUUUCUUGAUGUUGGACCUAAACUUUACAUAUGGAUUGGCAAAAAAUGUCAUAGUAUGACAAAAGCCAAAACAAGAUUAUUUGUUGAAAAAGUGAACAAAAGUGAACGGAAGGGUUUGAGUGAACUAAUUCAAAUCAAUCAAGGAGAUGAAACAGACGCGUUCUGGAAAGAAUUAGGUGGUAAACCAGCUAAUUACCAACUAGUUAAUCAUGUACCAGAUAAUUUUGUCCCACCAAGAUCUAUUCUAUAUAAAGUUGAUCUUGGACAAGAAUUUAUUGAGUUACCUCAAGUUGAACUUGAACCGGGUGGUGCUUUGAAGAAAGAAUUAUUACAUACACGAAACAUUUACAUACUUGAUUGUUACACGGAAUUAUUCGUUUGGAUUGGUAAAAAAUCAGCUCGACUUGUACGAAUGGCUGCAACACGAUUAGCAGUUGAAUUAUUGGCCAUGAUUAGACGACCAGAACAUGCUGCAAUCACAAAAACAUUAGAAGGAGUGGAAACCCAAGUAUUUAAAUCUAAAUUUGAUGCAUGGGAUGAUGUCCUAGCAGUUGAUUUCACUCGUACAGCUGAAAACGUUUCGAAGAAGGGUGCCGACAUGAAGAAAAUUCUUCAAGACAACGAAAUCAAAACAAAUCUCACCGCUCUGUUUAAAAACCGUCCACCAUGGCAAUCUCGUGCUGCAGCUCAUGAAGCGCUUGAAGAUUGGAAUAUAUUUCUCCUUCAACCAUUUUCCAUGUUUGUUUACGAAAAUAAAAAAUUCGUCAAAUUACCAGAUGAUGAACGAGGACAAUUCUAUUCGCACGAUUCUUAUCUAUUUGUUGCUCGUUAUUUAUUACCAAGCGAAGAUGAAAACAUGGAUACAAGUGAACUUGAAGACGAAAUCAAAGAUUCCGAUACCGAACGUAUCGUUUAUUUUUGGCAAGGAAGAAAUGCAAACAAUACAGCUUGGUUAUCAUUUAAUUACACUUUCAAACAAGAACUAAUCGAUGUUCUGGGAGAUUUUGAAAUUGUUCAAUUGAUUCAACAACAAGAAAACCAACGAUUUAUGGCACAUUUCAAUCGAAAACUUAUUAUACAUAAUGGCAAACGUCGUACUGCAGCACAACGAGCACAGAUACCGAUACAACGACUGACUCAAACACAAAUGUAUCACAUACGUUGGUGCUAUUCGACAAUCAUGACACGUUGUAUUCAAGUUGAAGCAACAUCCGCUAAUCUCUGUUCGGAAUUUUGUUACAUUGUUACUGUUCCACUGGAUUCAGGAGAUAUCAUUGGAAUUGUUUAUGUGUGGAUAGGCAAUUCUGUUCAUCCUGAUGAUGCACUAUUAGCACAAGAAAUUGCUAAUGAAAUGUAUAAUGAUUCGUAUACAAUUCAAGUGAUCAAUGAGGGGAAUGAACCAGAAAACUUCUUCUGGGUUGGCCUAGGUGAUCGUUUACCAUAUGAUACAUCUGCAGAUUACAUGCGUUACAUGCGUUUAUUCAAAUGUUCGAAUGAAAAUGGAUUUUUCGUUGUUACAGAAAAAUAUGCCGACUUUUGUCAAGAUGAUCUACUUGAUGAUGAUUGCAUGUUACUCGAUACUGGAACGUAUGUUUUCCUAUGGAAAGGACCAACUGCAAGUAUCAUCGAAGUUAAAUUUGCAGCCAAAAGUGCCGAACUUUAUAUUCAACAUUUACGCACACGUGAACCUGAUCGUCCACGUAAAUUACGUUUAACUGUGAAGAAUUCUGAGCCUAUUGAAUUUCGUAAAUGCUUCCACGCUUGGUCAAAACACAAGAAUCCACCUCGUGAACUUGAAAAACAAAAUGCUUAUUCUAUUGCUCAACAACAAAAGCAGCAGCCACAAGCAAAACAAGCACCAAAAAAGCCUCAUAUAUCGUUUGUUCAAAUCGAUUUGCCGCAUUUCGCUAAAACCAUGAGCAAAAAUGGUGGUAACAAUGUGGGAAAGAAGAGCAAUGUAAAGGAAAUUAAGUUUCAUUUUCAAAAAUCGGUUCAAGUAACUAAAGUAUUCGUUCGAGAAAACCAUCAAUUAACAACGAAUGAAACUAUAUUUACAAUGAUCGACACAGAUCAUCCGGAGAGUACGAAAGAACCGUUCUUGUCAUCAGUCUUGGGAACCGUAACAAAAGUCUAUAUACAUGAAUAUGACGUUCUUACUUAUGGUUCGAUCAUUUUGGAAUAUGAAGAAUGCCUACACUCGAUUACAUUCAAAAAUCUCUGUUGUGAUUGUGGUGCAGAUUUGAAUCAGUUGAAAGAUAAGAUGGAAAUGAUUUCAUCGCGGAAUUUAGAUGCAGAGCCAUUGAUUGACGUGUCACUAACACAACCAAAUGCAAUGAGAGCAGCAACAACAGUGUCUAUGGAACAUACUGUGCCAGAAUUACGAAUAACACCAGAGAUGGCUGAAAAAUACAGUAUUGAAGAACGUGACCGUCUUCUUCGUGAACGUAAACUUGAGUUACUUGUUGAUUUGGAUCAGACGCUACUUCAUACAACGAAUUCAAGCAAUUAUUAUCCGUAUUCACCUGAUGUUGUUGGAUAUCAAUUGAGUACCCAAUCCUCGCAAAGAUAUUACACGAAAUUGCGUCCCGGUGUGAAAGAAUUUCUGACAAAUCUUCUACCAUAUUAUCAAUUUCAUAUCGUUACUUUUGGUGAACGUGUCUAUGCACAUACAAUGGCUAAUCUGAUUGAUCCAAAUAAAACCUUUUUCUAUCAUAGAAUCCUGUCUCGAAACGAAUGUUUUGAUCCAACACGAAAAACGGAAAAUUUAAGCGCUUUAUUUCCCUGCGGUGAUUCGAUGGUUUGCAUCAUUGAUGAUCGAGAAGAUGUUUGGAAUUAUGCAAAGAAUCUUGUUCACGUGAAACCGUAUGUUUGGUUCAAAGAUGUUGGUGAUAUCAAUGAUGGUCAUUUGCCAUCACCACCAAUUCCAAAUGAGCAAUUAAUUCCGCCGAUUAGUGAGAAGGAAUUUGAAGAACAGUUAGAACAUAGUGAACAGAUUGCUGAAGAACGUAUGGAAAUGACGAGUAUUGCAUUGCUUGAACGAACUACUGAAGAAGGUCAACAACAUGCAUUGCAUCGAGGUGAGAAAAGAAAAUUCGAUAAUGAUGAUGAUACGAACAACGGAACAAGUAAAAAUGUGGAAAAUGAUGAGUCAACUAAGAAAUUAAAAGACCAAGAUGAUAAUUACCCGAAUGACCAAACCAAUUCUACAACAUCGUCAGCAACCGCUGAUCUCACUGUUGUCGUCGACACUGACAAUUAUCUCCGUCAAUUAGAAAUUAUUCUCAAGAAUAUUCAUAACAGAUUCUAUACUGCCUAUGAUCAAUGGACGCAAGAUAAGACACGUGCUAUGCCUGAUGUGAAACAAAUUCUUCCUGACAUUCGUCGACAAGUACUCAAAGAUGUAUCUGUUUGUUUUUCGCAUUUGAUGCCUCAAGGUUACCCAUUGGAAAAGCAUCGUGCUACAAUUCUCGCACGUGCACUAGGUGCAACUGUGACGCCAGAUCUACAAAUUGAUGAUAAUGGCAGAUGUAUAAGCACACAUGUGAUUGCCGGUAAACGAACGACGAAAGUUGAACGAGCAGUUAAAUAUAAUAUCCAUGUUGUGACACCGGAAUGGCUCAUUGACUGUUAUGAACAAUGGGAAAGAAAACCGGAGGAAAACUUCGUACUACAUCCGAAUUAUGACGUCAGAAAAUCAAGAUUAUUUUCAAGGGAUACGCCAAGAAUAGCAUACAAUGAAUUCAAUGCAGCAAAUGAUCGACCAGUUUCCAUUAAACAAAAGCCUGAAACUACUUCCGGAGAUGAACGGACAUCAAGUUCAACUACGAAUAAACCAUCUCGGUCAUCGUUGAAACGGCCUCGCACUCCUGAACUCCCGUCAACAUCUGACCUACCCAGUGAUGUGAUCGAUGAAGAAGAACAAGGGACAACGAGGGAUUAUAAUUUUAGCAUGAGUGUCGAUGAACUGUCUGAUAUGGAAAAAGAGGUGAACGAUUUCUGUGGUGACGAUGACGACGACGACGACGAUGAUGAUAGUGACGAUGAAAACAAUCUUCAAACCCGACCAACAAAACAGCAACGAACUACUUCGUCUACGGCGAUUACCACAGCAGCAACAACGACAACAUCGGCAGUUGAUGAAGACAACGACGACGAAGAUGAAUAUGAUUCGGAUUCGUCCAGUAGUCAAAAGCUACGCGCUCUCAUCUUAGGUAAAAAGUCGGAUGUGGAUGUCGAUGAAGAUAAUUUCGGUGAUGAUGAUAUGCCUCGUGGUUGGAAACCGGAGAAAAAAGCGAAAAAAGAACAUUCAUAG